AUGUCGAGAAUCUCAUUCUGUACACGCGUCCGAGCGAUUUCGGCUGAAUACUCGCUUUCUCUGAGCAUAUAUCACCGCUUGUGCUUAGGAGAAGUCGCCGAUGAUACUCCGUACACCAAAAUUCAGGCGCGUUUGCCAGAAGGGCUCGACGUCUUCCUCGCGUCGUCUCUCAUCAUAUCGGUAUCAGGUAUGGUAGACAAGGAAGAUGUACCCUCGGAGGUAAUAGAAUCUUCUGCUACCUGCCGACAACUCGGGAAAUGCUUAAGGCUGAACUCGAUUGCGUUAGGUAUUGAGAGCGUCUCGGACUGCAGAAUUGAUGAUGCUGGCAUACCGCGAAUUAUACUUGUACCAAGCCGCCCACUUCCCCCGGAUGGCACUGCUGUUCAUGCAAAACUCGUCGAGAUACAGCUGAAGUACAUAUGGAAAACGAUACAACAAGAGGGUUCCGAUUCUCCCCCCGAUAUGCGAAUAUCACCUUCAUUAUGCGACGACUCUCAUCCGUUCGAUACACGACUUCUACUCCCUAUCUCCCUCUUGCUUAUGGAGGCCCACCACAAGUUUCUGACCUGGCAUUUAGUUAAACGAUAUCCUCUGAUCUUCGGACCGCGAGCUCAGAACUUAGAUAAAGAAUUGGCAUACUUUACACCAAUCUCUCGCGCUAUAUGCUCCAUCAUUGCACGUUCACCAAAUCCCACCUUUCGAGAAGAAGCACAGUCUCAAAUUAAUAGGAUCAAGUCACAACGAACCUCCUCACUUCGCAAAGUAUCUGAAGCUGUUCUGGACGUCUUGGGAAAUCAAGAUGACAACGAGUCUUACUUUUCAGUGGAGAAACGUGUGGAGACGGACGAAGACGUUCUUUGCUCCGCGAUGAUCAACCUAUUCAUCUAUGGGACCAAGCGCACUCAAUUCCGGCCCCAGGAGUCUGUAAUGCAAGACGGAAGUGAUGUCGAAUUGUCGGACGAUGAUCAUAUUCCUACCACUGAAGAGGACUUCGUUCAUCUGUCCAAUAUGGAAGACCGGAGUGCAGACACCGAAGCGUCAACCCCCUUGGAUCCUCCUUUGACUAAUGCUUCUAAGGACGAACUGGAUGCCCUUGCCUGGAUGUUGAAUGCUCCCCUUCUCCGCAAGAAGCCAGACACCCACUCAGCACCUGCUUCUAAAGACGAAGCCCUUAUGGACACUAAUGCAACCCGGAAGUCUGACCGCUCGACGCCUCGACCUGUGUCCACAUUGCAACCCGUGAUCACUCCCUCUGACUCUGGCGAACAACACGCUUCCCAUCCCCAUGUCCCUUCUACCCCAAAUCCGGAGUUAAGCUAUUCGCCUUCCCAGCUUUCAUCCUCUUCCUCCCUUGUCAAUGAUGAAGCUCCAGUGCCUUCACCUAUCCCCCCUGACGAUUGCGAACAUGAUCUGUUCUUCGAAGUGGACGACUCAGAGAACUCAGCUUUGAUGUCUACAGUCUCCACGACACAUUCUGCGGAUGUAGCCCUUCCAUGUACAUGUGAUGACGACUCGUUACGAAGUCCAUAUGAAGAAGAGCAUGCUUCUCAGCCUCACCCUAAUCCGGAGUUAAGCUACUCGCCUUCCCAGCAUCCCUUGUCCGCGCCAGCACCCCCAGACGGCGAACAGGAUCUACUCUUUGACAUGGAGGAUAUCCUUUCAGACACCUCACAGGACGUAGACGACGAUCUCGACCUUGAUCUCGACCUUGCUGCGUUCGAUAUGGAUAUGGAUACUGAUAACACCAACCUGCCCCAAGACGAAGUAAACACGGUGACGCUGUCGAACGAUUCAGACUCGGAUGGACUGGAGGAUUUCGAAGAUUCUCACCUGGACGAAGCACCCCUCUCGGUGUCUAUCUCUCCGCAUUCUCACAUCCCCUCUACCCUACACCAGCUGAUCUUCCAUGGUCGAAAUGCGGCACGUGCCCGUAAGACCCCGGCCACUUCGACGAUAAAGAUUCAGAAGUGCUUCAAGAAGUAUGACGUCGUCAGGUAUUUCAUGCACGCGCGACCUUGGGUCCGGACUACCUCCUUGCAUGGCGAAAUCAUUUGCCCCCAUCUCGUGGGCCGGCUGCAGCUUCAGUUCUUCGAACUCUGUGCUCCAGUGGUACUUAAAGGUGCUAGUGCAUCCGACUGGGGCAUGGUCAGUUGUUGUAGCUCUUGCGAUACUCUACACUUCAGAGUACCCACACCUCCACCGAUCUUCGAUUUGUCACCUAUCGCGAGGGAAGACACCCACAAUCGGGGCAUCACGAAGUGUCCCAUAAUCAACCAUUCUUUACUCUCACAGCCAAAGCCACAUUCGUUUUUCGUCAGCUACACUUCACAGUUCGUGCGUGCCCAAUUCAAUCUCGAAAUGAAUUUCAUUCGAGUUAAAGCCAGUACCACCCCUGCGUUCUACGAUCAAUUCAAAAGCGCCUUUGGUGCUGUAUUUCUCCCAGCUAAAAGUGGGGGCGCGAAAGAACUAGGCUAG